AUGCCGCCCAAAAGGGAAAAGACUUUCACGGGAUGUUGGACUUGUAGAUCUAGGAAAGUGAAAUGUACGCUGGAAAGGCCUGAGUGCGAUCGGUGUAUCAAAGGUGGGUAUCACUGCACCGGGUAUGAUAUCAAGCUACGAUGGUCCCAACCAGUCCAAUUUGACAAGUUUGGAUCACAGCUGUCUCAGACAAAUAUUGAACCCAAUGAUGAUGAAACUAUGAGGCGGCGAAACAUAGAGCCAGUUCGUUACAAUGCAAAACAAGCUUAUAAAGACUAUGAUCAGUUGGAUACUGAUAUUGACGGCUUACACUCCUAUCGCCUAGAGACAGAAAAAGACAGAGACAGCACAGUAAUAAAAGGCAUGUUUGGCGUAUUCAGACAGCAGAAGAGAAAAAGAGAAAAAGAUGUAUCUUUCUCCCCAGAGAAGCUACCGUUUGGAUCUCCCAGCAUGUUUGAUCCACUUUCAGGAUUUACCCAAGGUAAUGAAUGGGUCAGUAAUGAGUUGAUUGACGACGCUUUAUUGACAGCCUCCGCCAUAAAUGGAGACACUCAUUUUUUAGACAUAUUCCGAGCUGAUACACUAAAUCCCCUCGUUAAUACCAAUAGUUCUUCAACUCCUUUUUAUGGAUACAAUGCUGACGUGCAAAAGAUAUAUCCAAAUCCAUCUAGAAGAGAUAAGGAUCUUUCACAGUAUGCUCCUGAUGAAAUGUUCAAUGUUUUGUUUCACCGCAAGGAAGAAGAAGAACCUCAUGGAGUGCAUGUUGGGAGUGAUGGUGUUCUAAUUGGAGAUAGCAACGGUUCUCCACUCGUCAGAUCCUCAACAAUGUCAGCAUCUGCGUCUCAACCUAUUUCAGGAGCUCAGCAAGAUCUGCCUCCAGCAAAGAAGAUGAAAUUCAGUAUUGACAGCAUUCAGCUGGAUGCCCCAGAUGGUACUUCGAAGAUGCCAGGCAACAUAAUGGAAGCCAGAACAGUUCCGGGACUGCCUCAAACACUAGCCAUCGAGAAAAGCGGACUGCCCACUACAGCCUUGCAGGUUAACCCAAUGACACGCUACUUAUUGAAUUACUAUAUCGAGGAUGUGGCUGAUAUGAUGACAGUAAUUCCUCUUCCCAAAAACCCUUGGAAGUUUAUUUACUUUCCCAGGGCCAUCAUGGCUGUUGGUGAAAUUGGAUCUUUAGGAAAGACUUCUUAUGCUCGAAGCUGUUUAUUGAAUGCUUUGUUGGCUGUGAGUGCUUUUAACUUACAAAGCAGGUUUCCUAAAAACAGUAACGAGAUGAAAUAUUACGUUAACUUAGGGAUUCAGUUGCGGCAGCAAGCCUCUGUGUUUUUAAAACAUUGUUUGAUGGAAGAUGUCCUUACCCAGAAGUAUAAGGACGUUCUAGUAGCCGUUUUAUCAAUGGUCACGAUUGAUGUUGUAUGGGGUACGAUGUCUGACUGCAAGACUCAUUUAAACAUUUGUGAAAAGAUUAUCGAGAAGAAAAUGACUGUCAAGAAGAAACUUUCAGCCAAGGCCUUGAUUUUGCACCGCAUCUACAGUUCAAUGAAGUUGAUUCAAGACUCGACGAAUUUGGAGAUAGUUUCCAAGGAUGAGAUUUUUUUGAACGAAAGCAAUUACAAACAGUUUAUCACUAGUUCAAGAGUUGACUCUGCAGAGUCGAAUCAGGGAUCUCGAAUUGACAAGCUAUUUAGAAAGUCACCGUCCUCUCUUUUGUCUGAUAGUAGUAACCAUGUGUCUUCUACGUCCUCUUCGAAGGGAGUUUUUCAUGAAAAGAUUAACGAUCAGGGAAAGAUUCGUAUUGAAUACAUUGUUCAUGAUCAAAAUACGGAAUCUCCAGGAGAGAUUCCAAACGAGAGAAAGGAUAGUCAAAUUCCUCUGUUUAUUGACAUAACGAAGGCCAGUUUCAAACCCUCUAAGAACAAACUUGACGAUCAUGACAUUUCCAGUGAUGCUAUCUAUGGAUUACCCAAUUCCCUAAUUUUGCUAUUUUCUGAAGUCGUUCAUUUGAUCCGAUUCAAGGUGUAUUGUGAUUCUACUUCGACUCAGCUUCCUCUGUUUUUUAAGUUACUAGCAGACGAGCUGUCCACCAAACUUUCCGAUUGGAAGUUGGAAUGGAAGCUGACUACCCAGGAAGACUCUGAAAAGUUUAUUUCUGCACGUCAUGAGGGGAUUUAUCAUCAUGUGAUGUCAUUUUAUCAUGGAUUAGUGAUUUAUUUUUACAGGUUUAUUGAGGAUAUCAAUCCGAAUUAUCUUCAGGAAUACGUUGAGAAAGUUCUAGUCCAUUUGAACAGGAUCCAGGAGAUCGUACAAAGUGACAAAGAUAUUUUGAUUAUUCCGUUAUUUUGGCAAGGAUUUAUUGCCGGAAGUGAAGCGAUGACAGUAUAUCUACAAAAUGGUUUCAAGAAAUGGGGUACAGACAUCUCCAAGACCGGGAUUGGAACCUACUGGGUCGCACGUCAAAUUAUGUUGGAGGUGUGGCGUCGUAAGAACUUUAAUGAGAAGAAGAGUAAUUGGAUUGAUGUGAUCAGGGACUGGGAUAUGAAUGUUAUGCUGACUUGA